CAUUCGAUUGAGGUCUUGGAAUGGCAAACUUACCUCAGUCUCUUUCAGUCGGUGUGGGCGGUUUCGGAGGAGGUGCAUCGUCGUCGUCUUCCGGUGCUGGAGAACCGGCCAACAAGGAUAGCAAAAUGCAAUCCGCUGAACAACUUGUGCUUGAUCUCAUCUAUCCUGAUCUUCGUGAAAAUGCCCUUUUAGAACUUUCCAAGAAGAGGGAACUUUUCCCAUAUUUGGGCCCCUUGUUAUGGAACUCAUUUGGUACUAUAGCUGCACUCCUACAGGAGAUAGUUUCUAUCUACCCUUUUUUGUCACUGCCAGAUCUGACUCGUGCUCAAUCCAAUAAAGUUUGUAAUGCACUCGUACUUCUUCAGUGUGUAGCCUCUCAUCCUGACACCAGAAUGUUGCUCCUCGAUGCAAAAAUUCCUUUGUAUCUGUUCCCCUUUCUUAAAACAACAAGCAAGUCAACACCUUUUGAAUAUUUGAGACUUACAAGCUUAGGUGUCUUUGGUGCCCUCGUUAAGGUAGAUGACACUGAAGUUGUCAGUUCUGUUAUCUCAACAGAGAUAAUUCCAGAGUGCUUGCGCACGAUGGAGAUCGGGAGUGAACUAUCAAAAACAGUUGCAACUUUCAUUUUGCAAAAAAUCCUUCUAGAUGAUGUGGGUCUGAAUUACAUCUGUAACUCAGCGGAAAGGUUUUUUGAAGUAGCCCAAUUUUUAGGGAAUAUGGUUAUUGCACUUGCUGAACAACCCUCAUCAAGAUUGCUGAAACUCAUAAUUAGGUGCUAUCUUCGUUUGUCAGAUAAUCAAAGGGCAUGUGAUGUACUGAGAAGUUAUCUUCCCAAUAUGCUUAAAGACACCACCUUCAGCAGUUAUUUUCUUGAGGAUCCAAUGAUGAGGAGAUGGCUGCAACAAUUGCUCCAUAACAUUAGUGGGGAUCAGGUUGCUCUGCAGGCUAGAGAAUUUGAUCCUAUGCUGUGAACUGAAUUCAUACAAAAGGAACUUAAAUUAUGACUUCCUGGGAUCUUUUGUUGGAGUAUUUAAGGCGCAUACUUGGGAAUGCAUUUCUGCACUCAUAUUUAUUUAUGUAGUGCAUUAUGUGAAUUCUUAUGAAGAUUAUUAAUAGGUUAUUAAGAAUAUUAUUGGACCUUUAGUAAUCC